CUCGCAAACGCACAACGCCUGACGAUGAGCAUGACGGUGACACGCGAAACUAAGCAGCAGCUAAAGUGUCCGAAGGAUUUUUUUAUUUAUUUAUUUGUUUAUUUUUUUUAACAAGAGCUAGGCAGCUCUCAAAAUGAGUGUUGGAUUUAUCGGAGCCGGGCAGUUGGUCCACGCGUUGGUGAAGGGAUUCAGUGCUGCAGGUGUGAUCGCUACACACAGGAUAACAGCCAGCUCUCCUGAAACGGACCUAUCGACAGCCACUAGUCUUCGGAAAAUGGGAGUGAACCUGACCACCAGCAACAAAGAGACUGUCAAAAGGAGUGAUGUGUUGUUUCUGGCCGUCAAGCCACAUAUUAUUCCAUUUGUGUUGGAUGAGAUUGGACCAGAUAUUGAGGAGCGUCACCUAAUCGUCUCCUGUGCUGCAGGUGUCACCAUCAGCUCCAUAGAGAAGAAACUGCUUCAGCACCGGUCUGCACCUAAGGUGAUGCGCUGCAUGACGAAUACGCCAGUGAUGGUGCGGGAGGGGGCAACAGUGUAUGCCACUGGCAUGCACGCUGACUUGGAAGAUGGGAAACUGCUUGAGCAGCUGAUGUCCAGUGUGGGCUAUUGUACAGAGGUGGAGGAGGAUCUGAUUGACGCCGUCACAGGCCUCAGCGGCAGUGGGCCAGCCUAUGCUUUCACUGCUGUUGAUGCACUUGCUGAUGGAGGAGUGAAGAUGGGGCUGCCCAGGAGACUAGCUGUUCGGCUUGGAGCGCAAGCCCUUCUGGGAGCAGCAAGAAUGCUACUGGACUCUGAGCAGCACCCUGGUCAGCUGAAGGAUAAUGUUGCGUCACCAGGGGGCGCCACUAUCCAUGCUCUGCAUGUGAUGGAGAGCGGCGGUUUCCGCAGUCUGCUUAUAAACGCAGUGGAGGCAUCAUGCAUCAGAACCAGGGAGCUUCAGCACUUAGCAGACCAGGAGAAGAUUUCUGCAGCUUCAAUCAAGAAGACCACUUUGAAAAAGGUGUUGCAGCAGCCAGGUGUGAGUGGGACAGGGGUUGCGGUGCGGACUGGCAUCAGCCUCAACAGCCCCAGCUCCAAACACAAAUGAAACUGAGGCUGUGGGUGAAAGGUUGCACUCCCAUACUGUUCAGUACAUUUACUUUAUUGUCAGUGUUUCCCAAAUUUGAAAAAUGCCAGUAUGAUCCAUUUUCAUGUGCAUGCACAGGGAUAUAGAUGCAACAGAUAAGGCUUGCGAUUUCAGUAGUUUCUGUGUGUAAAUAACCAAAAUUGCAAGUGUAAUCUGUAGCGUCCAUAUGCCUGUGUGAUAUGUGAAGGAAAGUUGGAAUUAGGCACAACGCCAGCAAAGAGAACAAAAGAAGGGAAUGAACCAUGUUGACUUACAAGGUAAAUAAUAUUACAGGAGGUUCCAGACUUGGGCUUAUAUGGUGCGAGACUAUUAAAGACUGACCAAACUUUUUGGCAUGAGAUGAAUUUAUUUCUUUGCAUGCAAGCCUGAAACGGGACUGAGGUUAGGUGACUUUAGCCUCCAGAAAAACUACACAACUCUGUGAGACAGGGAUGACAAAGAUAAGGUUAUAGCCUACGUCACCAUCUUUCAUAAAUAACAUUGGCAGGAAUGUACAGGAAUGUGCUGUUAAAUUUUUUGUUGUUUUGCUGUUAGAUGUCAGAUAGUCUUGCAACUUUUACAUCUCUUUUAGCUCUCGCCGAGUAAAAGCCAGUCCUACACUUACUCUUUUCUGGUCUCUUGCUUGGUAACUCUCUUUUUCUCUCCCUCACUUCCUCCAACAACGUCUUCUUCAGUCUCUUUGCAGCCUCUGCCAUUAUGUCUGUGCUGGGAAUACUGAGCUAGCUUCUUCUUAUAACUAGCUAAACACCCAUAGUCGUUGGUGUAGGAUAUGGUGCCGUAAAGCAUUACGCAGUUCUCGCAAGAGGUCUCGUGCCUGCUCUUUCAGAGUUAUAUAGCGCUAUAACAGGCAUUCUUGGCCUGGAGUGGCAAUGGCAGAAAUGCCAUUCUCCCUAUUAUAAGUCGUGUAGCAAUAAAUUGAUCUUGAUGCUGUUAUUUUAAAGUAAAAUUGUCACAAAUUGUUGCUUUAACAACUCAGCGCAGUUUGAGUCAAGCACAGUAUGAGUAUUCAGUAUGUUAUGUAACUUUUUCCCACAAUUUAAGUAUCUUUUAAAAAAAAGCCAAAGAUUGUCCUACCUGAGCAUGGACCAGUGUCAAGUUGCAGAAAUAAGACACUUUUUCUUAAAUAGAUGCUUCAACUAAAUGUUUACACUGUCAUUAACCCAGUUUGCCCAUAACAUGUUUAGUGUAAAGAUCAUCUUAACUGGUAGAAAAAGUGUUCAGUAUGACUCGCACUACCAUUUUGUGCUAAGAUGCUUUAGGGACAGUCAGCCGUCAUCCAGUAAAUUUUGAUACAACAAUCAAGAGAAGAUAUGGUAAAUGUUUAGAUUUCGAUUUCUGUUACAAAAAUAUGUAGCCUCCAUUUUUAUGUCUUUUCUGAGCUGUCCUCUCUGCUUCUCUGGGAUAAGAGCUGAAUGCUGUAUUUUCAUACUUUGAGUAUGUUUGUAACUUCUCCUGUCAUUGUGUCCAACUGAUAUUGGAGCUGUGCAUUGCAGCAGAAUGUAUGAAGUACUACUGUAUAGAACAUAAAACUGCUAGUUGUUUGGGAGUAGGGUUGGCCUUUAUGUGAAGAUGUAAAAGGAGAACCCAGGCAUGGUAAUUUUAAAUAAUUACUGCUGCAGCUGUGAUACAGGUAGUAUCAAUUUGUUGUAUUACUUAAUACACAUAGUUAGCAGGUUUAUUAGGUACAUUUACCAGUUUGUUAGGGAUGCAAUAGAGUUAAUAAAGUUACUGACUCGUCCUUCUAAGCUGACACUAGGAUACCAGUAUGUUUACAUACACUUAAUAAUCCGAAUCAGAAUGUAGUUAUUGGAUUAAGUGCAUUUUAACGCACUUAUUCUGCAUACUUACAGGCCACUUUAUUAAACACACCUUCCUCGUUGGUUCA